GUCGAAUUGCGGCAUAGGCUCAUACGGCAGCCUCCCCCGCAUAUGUGGACACAUGCAAUGUCAUUCGUAGGCGAGUCCGUAAGCACAAGAAAUCAGCUUAAGGCGAUAAGAAGCACAAGCGGAGUUGCGCGGCGGUGCAAUUGCGGAAGGAGACAUGGUCGUAAUCUCGAUCCGGCUUGCUACUGAACUCCUGCUUGGACGAUGCGCUGUGCCAGAUACAGCCAACGCCGAUGGUAUACUCACCCAGCAUGAACGUGGCACGUUCGAUGAACUUCAAGGACUGCUAGCCCGACGGGCGGGUAUCAUAGUACAGGAUACAACCACUUCGUCCCUUCCCGAAUAUCUGAACCUAGUAUCCGUGAUUGGUUACCAUAUGGCGUACGAUGCAGCCGUCCAGAUGGGGGUGGACGCUUGUCUUGUGGACCUUUAAGUGGCAAGCUGCGUGAAAGCUGAUCCUGCCAGCGUGGUAUGCGGAGAACAUGGGUCUCUCCAGGAUGUAUCAGAGAAUAAUGGAGAUUGAUGCGGUCGAG